AUGGCAUCUCCUGAUCAAAAAACUUUCUUCGCUUCUCGUCGUUGGACUUCUCAUGAUGGACAAGCCAAAAUUACAUUGAUUUGUCUGGAGGAUACCCUUAGAACUGAUGCCGACGAGAGCACCCUCAAGAGUCACAAUUGUGGACUCGGUGAAUUCUUUCGCAUUAUCAAUGGAAAAAUUGAGAAAACGAAUUUUAUAAAAACCGAGGUUUUUGAAAAUGUUGCAUAUGUUCCCAAUCUACGUGUGAAGCUGGAACGCAUAAAUGGAACUCCAUUCUUUGUAUCUGCACUUCUUCCGAAAGCAAUGUGUCGUGACCUGAAUCUGCCAAAUGGAAACUACACUGUUACCAUGAAUUCAUUGUUGGCCCCUGAACAACUUCCAUUAGGGGAGUUAGUUCAUUUCGAGGCAACCAAUCCCAAUCAAAAAUGGAACUGUGAAAAGUACGGAAAACAAGUCCCGAAGCCAGCUGCAAUUGAUGGUGGAUUGGACUACGAGGGAAAGAUCUGGUUCACGGUUCUCAUAAAUCAAUUCGAACCAGCUGGAGGGAAUCGAAGAUUCGCUCAAGCCACGGCGAGAUAUUUUGGAAACGUUGUUGAAGGUGAACUCGACGGAACCAAACUGACAUUAAGCUGUAAUGGAAAGAAAGUCAAGAUUCAACGACGAGGAGUUGGAGAGAAGGAUUACGUCUGGAUGGUUUUGGAAAUUCUUCCUACUCAAGCUUAA